AUCUGACGGAACUGUUUCACCUGACAACAUCAUAAAAAGAAGCUGGGGUAUAUCAAACUGAAGAACAAGGAAACCGUAACCAAGCAAAGGUGAACGAAUGGAGGAAGAGAAGAUCACAACACCAAAUGCAAAUGAAACCAAAUACAGAGGAAUUAAAGCAAUGCCCUUCAUAAUAGGGAAUGAAAUGUUUGAGAAACUUGGGACCUUUGGCAUAUCCUCGAAUUUCCUGGUUUAUCUCACCACGGUCUUCAACAUUAAGCAUGUCACUGCUGCUAUAGUUGGCAGUGUCUACCUGGGAACCACCUUCUUUACACCACUAAUUGGAGGCUAUAUCGCUGACUCUUACUUGGGACGUUUCAAGACCUUAUGCUUUGCCUCUAUAGCUUCGCUUGUGGGGAUGUUUCUUAUGACAUUAACGGCGGCUGUAUCCAAAUUACACCCACCGGAUUGCAAGGUGAAGGAAAAUGAGUUAUGUAUUCAACCUACUGCACCUCAAUGGGCUUUUCUAUUACUUGCUACGGGAUUCUUAGUGAUUGGUUCUGGAGGUAUUAGGCCAUGUACCAUGGCCUUUGGAGCUGAUCAGUUCGAUCCGAAGAAUGAAACUUCUAAACGGAGCAUUAACAGUUUCAUUAAUUGGUAUUACUUUGUUUUAUCCUCUUGCUUAGUAGUGUCACUGACCCUCACCGUCUACGUGCAAUCUAACCUUAGCUGGAGCAUCGGACUAGCUCUACCAUCAUGCCUAAUGUUCAUAGCCUGCAUACUUUUCUUCCUGGGUUCAAGAAUUUACGUAAAAGUGAAACCCGAGGGGAGUCCUGUUACGAGCGUCAUUCAAGUUCUGGUGGCUGCAACAAGGAAAUGGAAGCUAAACCAACCUGAAUAUCCAGAAGUCUCUCUUUUCAACCAUAUUCCAAAAGAUUCUAUGAACUCCAAACUUGAUUACACAAAUCAGUUUAGAUUCCUUGAUAAGGCUGCAAUUGUAAGCGCUGACGAUCUGAUCAACGCUGAUGGAUCAGCAGCUAAUCCAUGGAGACUAUGUAGAAUUCAACAAGUGGAAGAAGUAAAAUGUCUAGUAAGAGUACUUCCUAUUUGGGCUUCAACUUCAGUUUUCCAUAUACCAACUACCUCACUACACACAUAUGCAGUUUUCCAAGCCUUGCAAUCAAAUAGGCACCUCGGCAAGUUUCAGGUUCCUGCUGCCUCCUACAUAGCCUUUUGCUGGCUUAGCAUGUCCAUUUGGAUCCCUAUUUACGAUCGAUUUAUUGUACCAUCACUAAGAAAAAUAACAGGUCAAGAAGGUGGUAUCACAAUUCUCCAACGAAUAGGAAUCGGUACUCUCCUAUCCGCGAUCAUGAUGUUAGUCUCUGCAAUAAUCGAACAGCGGAGGAGGAACACUGCUUUUAUGUUUCCAACUUUGGGUACUACUAAAGGUGGUGGUGCCAUUUCUUCUAUGUCGGCACUUUGGUUGAUUCCUCAGCUUAGUAUCAGUGGUCUAGCGGAUGCAUUUAGCAUUGUUGGUCAGGUCGAGUUCUACUACAAGCAGUUCCCAGAAAACAUGAAAAGCAUGGGAAUGUCUGUCUACUUACUUGGAUUUACUGUAGGAAGCUAUGCUAGUGGUUUAAUGGUUUCUAUAGUUCAUCAAACAACUAAGGGGGCUGCAACUGGGAAUUGGUUGCCAGAGGAUUUAAACGAAGGAAGAUUGGAUUACUUCUAUUACACCAUAACUGGGAUAGGGGUUGUAAACUUUUUCUAUUUUGUACUAUGUUCUAGGUGGUAUAGGUACAAGGAACCAGUUCCAUCGAAAAUGCCCCAAGAAUGAAUGCCCUGGACAAAACACCCAUCUAAUGCAAAAUGUUUUGUUCACUUGCUAUAAUAAAAUGAAUCUUUCUUAGUUUUA